GCGUGGAUUGGGCGCUGAAUGGACUGCUGAUGUUAUAAAGAGAAAUACUGAAGUAAUCAUAUAGAGAUCUGUGCAUUGAUAGACUGGAUUUGUAAUGCAUGCAGACUUUUAUCAAAUGUAAGGUGCAUUGCACUUUGCUCUGAAUUCACGUUCAGUGUUUUGAGGAGAGAUGUCGUUUGAGGUGCCGGUUAACGGGGUCUCUCACACGGAAGAUCCGUUCUCCGGACCCCUGACAUCUAUUGCGCCCUGGAACUAUCACUUCCUGGCAGCUCUGAUGUUCAUCGUGACCACAUUAUCUCUCUCCGAGAACUGUGCGGUGAUGUUGGUAACAUUCAGGUUUAAACAGCUGAGACAGCCUUUAAAUUACAUCAUUGUGAACUUAUCUCUGGCGGACUUCCUCGUGUCACUGACCGGAGGGACGAUAAGUUUCCUCACGAACUAUCACGGGUACUUCUUCUUGGGGAAAUGGGCUUGCGUUUUGGAGGGGUUUGCGGUCACCUUUUUCGGUAUCGUGGCGCUGUGGUCACUGGCUGUUCUUGCGUUUGAGCGGUUCUUCGUGAUCUGUCGGCCACUGGGAAACAUUCGUCUGAGAAACAAACAUGCUGCGCUUGGUCUGCUGUUUGUCUGGACAUUCUCCUUUAUCUGGACCGUCCUGCCUGUGUUGGGUUGGAGCAGCUACACCGUCAGUAAGAUCGGCACCACCUGUGAACCCAACUGGUACUCUGGAAGCUUCCAUGACCACACCUUCAUUAUCACUUUCUUUACCACCUGUUUCGCUCUUCCAAUGGGUGUGAUAAUCGUCUGUUACUGCAAGCUGCUUGGCAAGUUGAGAAAGGUGUCUAACACUCAUGGCAAGUUGGGUAACGCCAGGAAACCUGAGCGUCAGGUGACCCGUAUGGUGGUUGUGAUGAUCGUCGCCUUCAUGGUGGCCUGGACGCCGUACGCUGCGUUCUCAAUCAUCGUGACGGCACACCCCAGCAUCCACCUGGACCCUCGACUGGCCGCUGCCCCAGCGUUCUUCUCCAAAACAGCUGCAGUGUACAAUCCCAUCAUAUAUGUCUUCAUGAACAAACAGUUCAGGAAGUGUUUGAUUCAGCUGUUGAGCUGCAGUGACAUCGUCACUAUCGAGGGCAACAUGCAUCAGACCACCGAACGAGCAGGUAUGACCGGUGAAAGUAACACUGGAGAGAUGUCUGCCAUCACCGCCCGAAUCCCGGUGGCUGGAACAGUCCUACCCAAAAGCGACAAUCAGCCAAGUGAUUGUAGCUCGUUUGCUCAACGUCCCAUUCCUGGGAACAAAGUAUGUCCGAUGUGACAGCAAACACACUCCA